GACUAAGCAGCUGCGUGCAGCUAGCUAGCCGGCGCGGCCAGAGCAGACGAGCUGUGCAUAACGCUUGCCCAGCUAGCUAGCUGCAUGCAUAUGGUACGCUAGAGAAAACAGGUUGGCUUGCCUGUCACGUGUUAUGUGCAUCUCCGGCUCCAGCUAGAUAUAUCUGCACGUACUUGUGCUUGAUUGAAGGCUGGUGGAUUCAACGACAGCACUGCCGGCGCCUGCGUCGAGACCGUAGAGUUCGUGCAUCAACACCGGGUUGUUGUUUUGAUGCGAACCGACCGUAUUGAGGGGAACCGUGUCCAUAGCUUUGAAGACCUAUGAGAAUGAACGGGUUUAGCACCGAGGAGGACAGUCGCGACUCGGGGCAUGGCCAGAUCUGUUGCCUUGUGGAUGACGGAAAUCGCUGCUCCAGACCAGCGGGGAAUGCCUGCUACAGCAAACGUAUCGCCAAGACGGUGCAACAGCGCAAACUCAAGCUCAACAUUGACCACAGUGUCAGACAUAUCUACAUAUGUGACUUUCACAAGGGUGUUAUACAGAGCGUGCGAAACAAGAGGAAGAAAAGAGACAGUGACGACGAAGCAGGCAUAUCACCAGACCGUGAUCUUGACCUGCCAGAAGUACGCAGCAGUAGGCUAAUGGUGGACCUGUUUCAGCUUCAAGUCAACACACUGAGGAGAUACAAGCGUCACUAUAAACUCCAGACCAAACCUGGUCUCAACAAAGCCCAAUUAGCCGAGAUGGUGGCAAGGCAUUUCAAGACGCUUCCUGUCAAUGAGAAGGAAGCACUGACUUACUUCAUCUACAUGGUGAAAAACCACAAGAGCAGAUUUGACCACAAGUCGGACGUCUAGUACCCAGUACUGUAGCAGAGUAGUGAUGGACAAAAUGAACUAGAUGAGAAUAUCCGUCAAAGGACCUGACCAUUGAGAGAUUUGCGUUCUCCUUGAACACUAAAGAAGAACAGUACCUGAAGUGGAAGUCAGUGACCUUAACGGGCCUAGUGCUUUGUAUUGACAGUGCCUGCAGCCAAGGAAUUGGUCUGCUUAUAAGCAGUAUGAGCAUCAGGGACAAUUUGACUGGAGUUAUUUGAAGGCUUGUCAGAGGAUUUUUUUAAACUUUAUCUUGGCAUUCUUGAGACCAUGGACUAUCUCCCACUUUUAAAGGCUUCUUUACUAAAGUUAGUUUCAAUGUAAAUAUAAUUGCACUUUCUGCUUAUUUUAAGGCAACAGCUUUGUACGCAGCUGUAUCACCGGGAAGAUCGUUUUCACAAAAAUGCUUUCAGAAAACAUUUGAAAUGUGACAAAAUGAAGACGGAUCCAAGGGGGCUUUCUUGGUAGACAGGUACAAUGUUCUUUGUCCUUCCAUGGCCGUUCCAACUCUGAAUAUAUGCAUGUUUUGCAACAGCUUUUGCUCACUUAAGUCUGUUUAGUCUUUUAGGAAACAGUCCAAGAAUCGAUCCCGUUUUUAGUACGUGUAUGCCACAUGACACUGGAGUUAAGGUUUAAUGUUAAGAGAACUGGUAAUUUUCCAUGCUCUAGAAAGUGGGUGAUUUCAUGUUCAAUUGAGACCUGCUGUGCUUCUGUCGAAUGCAUCUGAUGCAUAUGGGGUAAAAUAUUCCUUAAUCGAGGAAGUAUGUCUGGCAAUGCAGCGAGUAAAUUUGAUGCGCUUAAAAUGGGAUGAAUUUUAAUUGGCCUUUGAGCUUCUCUCUUUUCGUUUGUGGAUUUGUGUUGGAAAAUUGCGGAAGAUGUCUGUGCUUAUAUUGAACACAGAUUGGAGGAUGCACGCGUUAGGCUGUCAGCUACGAAUUUCCCUGCUGGAAAAGUGAAUGGUGCAGUGUUACCACACAACAGGAUGUCUGUGCAUGGAACACUCUGCGUUCACUUACUGGCUUUGCAUGUGUGUUGCACUUGACAAAUUUUCAUCUGAAUGUCCACAAAUCGGAUGAUGCAUGCGUACAAUACGCUCUUAGCUUUGGAUUCUAUGCAGGAAAUAUGGAUGGUAGUGAGUGACCACUCGCAAGAAUGUGCAUUUCAUGAUAUACAUUCAACUAGUUUUCAUCAGAAUGUGCACACAAUAUGUGUUGUUUUCACACAGGUGCUGUCAGUGUAUUGCCAGUGGUGUUUAUGUAUCUUUUCCAAGAGUGUCUCUAAUUUAAAUAAAUCAUUAAAAUGAAUAAGCA